CGUGCCGGUGCCGCCCGGAAACAGACCAUAGCUGCUUCUGAUCGCGAGCCAGGAAGCGAACCUCGUGCUGCUCUCUCUACCCGUCCUCCGCUCCUCCACAAAGCGCAGUCAUUACCGGGCACCGUGCCUCCAUACCUCCCUCCCUUCCUCUCACUCACUCACAUCAUCCCUCCCUUCCGCGUGAGUCUGUCUGAAUCUCCUCCUUCUCUAUCUUGGAGCGCUGUCUAGGCUAUCUGCGGUUGCGCGCGCGCUCUCUCCAAGAAUCCUCUCGUCACCCACCCGCCCGAUGUCCGACGCACGGUGCACGGCCCUCCUCUUUCCGUUUUUUUUCUUCUUCCCCCCCCCCCUCGAUCAUGACCUGGCCGUGACGUAGGGGAUUCCGUGGUGCCCACAACCGUAGGCGCUAACGGGAUUCUCGAGUAUAAAUGGGACACCGGGACCCAACAUUCGGUACUCUCUCAGUCGCUCCGACUCGGGAACCAAUCGUCCAGAGCACCAGUCAGCGGAGAUAGCAGGCAGUAUUUCACCCUCUCAGGCUAACUCGCUUUCGGCUUUGGUUUGAAAUGGACACCCCUACAACCGCUCGGAGCAGACGAUGCUCAUUCAUGCGCAACUGCAAAAGUAAGUUUAUACGGCUUUUCUUACCACCAUCUAUUGGUUUAUACUGUUGUGCAUUAGUUACUAUGACUUUUGGAAAGUAUCUUACUUGAUAGUUUUGAGACUCAUUCCUCCACUUGACCUAUUUCUACCACUUUUCUAACGGUUUCCCGUUAUAUUCUACUUGUCUGAUGAUGUAAUAGUGUAAGAGGCGUUGUGCAUUAGUUAGGCUACUAUGAUUUUGAGAAAGUAUCUUAUUUGAUAGUUUGGGAAUCAUUCACCCAGUUAGCAAUGGAAUGCAUGAUUCACAGAUAAUAUCAAAACAAAAUGUGUGCUUUGCAGCCAUGUUAGAGACAGUAAUAGCUUAUUUUUUCUAUGAACAUGGAUUGUAAUUCCAAUACGUUUGUAAAAUAGAUUUAGUAUGGGACAUUUUACACUUGCAAUUUUGUUAUGAUUGUACUUUGAUUUUACUUUAUGAUGUAGGCCUACUUUGCAACUAUUCAAUAGAUAGAUAUCGCCAGUGUAAGAUAUGGAACUUAUCUUAGACUUGUCAUAUGUUUGUAAAAGUUUUAGAUACGAUUUGCUUGGGUUUACUUUGAGAUACUGCUGUGCGUAAUGUCUUACGCAGGCAAAGAGAGAAACGCAGUUUUACGCACAGACUUGGUUACUCAAUCACGCCUUCUAAAGUGAUCAUACGUCAUCUCUGUCAUCAUAUGAGCUCUUGAUGCUGUAAUCUUUACUGAUUAAGAAUUAACUGAGCUUUAUAUUGUCUAAAUUGAGAGUUAAUUAUUUAAUCAGUAUUCAAAUUGCAAUCUCAUUCCAUCAAUAUGAUGAUAUUUUGCGAAUAUUUCCAACAAUCUCAAAAUGAUACAUUUGAGGUAUUCAGAUUAGACAAAGGCUUUACAUAAAGUAUUUUUGCAUCAACUGAAGGUAGCAAUGUGGUUUAUUGCGGCAAUUGAGUGUCUGCGUCAACAGUUUCAGCACCCUUGUUACUGGACAGCUCCAGCUAACUUUUCGUCAUUUCUCCGCAUUCAAACCUGACAAUUUAAACUGAUGUUGGGGAGAAAAAGCUAUUGCUGCAUCCAAAAAAGAAAUGUAUUGAUUUGGUACAUAAGCAACGCUUUGAUUGUGAUCUGAGUUUUGACUGUGAUCAGCUGUAUUGAGAUUCAACUGCCACAUUUCCAGCAGCAGUUUGCCAUCCGGGCCGCCAGCAAACAGUUUCAGAACCACAUCUACCAGACAGCUCCCGCUAGCUUCGCCUUCCCGACCCCGCAUCUAGACUCACUUCUCCCCGCUUCCCUCUCUCUCCCAGGCGGCCUCUCCCUGUGGCUGGUGGUGUGGCUGGUCCUAGGCAAGCCCGGUCCGUCGGCGGCGUGCCCGCAUCUGUGCGUGUGCUACCCGACUCCCAUGACCGUGAGCUGCCAGGCGCAGAACUUCACCUCCGUGCCCGUGGGCGUGCCCUACGACUCGCAGCGCGUGUUCCUACAGAACAACCGAAUCACGGAGCUCAGAGUCGGCUCUUUCGGCUUCGGGACUCAGGUAAGAGACUAUAGAGUGUUUAAAUGAGACAUGGUGUGUGCUUCUUUUGACCUCUCUCUCUCUCUCUUUGCUCUCAAUCAUUUUUUUCUUUUUGAGUUUGAGUGCAUUGCCUUACCUACAAUAUUACCAUAGAAUAAUACCUGACCCUAGAAUACAUAUUGAUAUUCACACUCUCCCUCCUCCCCUCCCUCCCUCUCCCCUAUAGGUCCUGUGGCUGUUCUCCAACAACAUCACGUGGAUUGAGGCUGGCUCCUUCAGUGAGCUGAGGGACCUAGAGGAGCUGGACCUGGGGGACAACUCUCACUUGCGCAGGCUGGAAGGAGGUGCCUUCAGGGGCCUGGAGAAACUCCAGAGUCUCCACAUGCACCGCUGCAAGCUUACCGCCCUGCCCCAUGACCUGUUCCACAAGCUCUACAGCCUGCAGUUCCUCUACCUGCAGGUAGGGGCAGUACAGAUAUAUUAACGCACACAGGCACGCAUCGGGACACAUGUAUACACACGCACACACAUACACACACACUACAGGGAAUUCUCAUAGGACUGUGAAAAUUACAUCAUUUUAUAUCAUCACAAUCACAAUUACAUCAUGAUGUAUCAUGAUACAAAUCAUGCUGCAUCAGUGAUAGUUAUGAGAUGCCCUUUCAGUGGAAGGUGUAAUGUUUAUCACCUCACCACUACUGAGAUGUAGCCCAUUAUCACCUGACCCCACCUGACCACUUCCUCUUCCUGUUUCCUCCUUGUAGGAGAACCAGCUCCACUUCCUCCAGGAUGACCUCUUCUCUGACCUCAUCAACCUGAGCCAGCUCUUCCUGCAUGGCAACCGUAUCCGCACUCUGUCCGAGAACGUGUUCCGUGGCCUGGUCAACCUGGACCGCCUUCUUCUCCACGACAACCGUGUGCGCCAGGUUAACCGCCGGGCGUUCCGCGACCUCGGACGCCUCACCAUGCUCUUCCUGUUCAACAACUCAUUGGCUGAGCUCCCCGGGCAGGCACUUCGUGACACCCAGGGCAUCGAGUUCCUCCGUCUCAAUGGGAACCCCUGGUCCUGUGGCUGCGAGGCCCUCCCCCUGUGGGAGUGGUUCCGUGGCGCCCGCGUCUCAUCGUCCGAGCUGUUGUGUGCCUCCCCUUCCCCCCGCCGCGGGAUGGACCUCCGCUUCCUCCGUGAGAUGGACUUCGCCCUCUGCCCUCUCCCCGACCCCGGCACCCUGGCCGGCUCCACCACGAGGACCUUCAGCACCAAGACAAGAUGGUGGUUCUCCAAGCACAAGCCCCAGUCCCAGACCAAGGCAGUGUUCGAGAAGAGCUCCGAGACCAUCAAGGCCUUCCCGUUCCCCCAAGGAAAGAACAACCCACCCAUCGUGACCUCCACCAAUGUCAAGUACGAGCUCGGCGAGGAAGAGGCAGCGCUACCCAAACUCGACGCCGAGGAGUACUGGGCGAACUACGGGAACGAGGACGCCGGCACCACGCUGCGAUGCUUCGAGCUCGAGUGUCCGCCCGACUUCGAUGGCCUCCCUCCCAACUCCUCCUCCACCUCAUCCCCCUCUCUCUCACUCCUCCUCGCCCUCUCGCUACUCGCCGUCUCCAUCAAUCUACACCUCAUAUUUGGC